AUGGAAAAGAAUAGAACACCCGCUGAGUUUCAAAUCUCAGCAGAGCAAAUUUUGCUCGAAGCUUAUGAAAGAAAAGAUGAACCUUUAAACAAGACAAAAGUAAACAUUGCAGAUUUAGAAGAACUUCAUGAAGCUCAAAGACGUCAAAGACAAGAAUAUGAAGAUGCCUUGAGAAGAAAUAGAUUAGAUUUUGGUCAAUGGAUGCGCUAUGCUCAAUACGAAGUUGAUCAAAAAGACCUACGAAGAGCAAGAUCUAUUUUUGAAAGAGCUUUAGAAAUCAAUAGUCAUCAUGUACCAUUAUGGAUUAGAUAUAUUGAUACAGAAUUAAAAUCAAGAAAUAUAAAUCAUGCAAGAAAUUUAUUUGAUCGAGCUGUUACAUUACUUCCAAGAAUUGAUAAACUUUGGUUUCGUUAUGUUCAAACUGAAGAAACAUUAGCAAAUAUCAUUGGUACAAGAAAUGUUUUCAAUAGAUGGAUGCAAUGGCAACCUGAUGUUCCAGCUUGGGAUGCUUAUAUCAAUUUUGAAAAACGUUAUGAUGAAUUUGAUAACGUGAGGAAGAUCUUCAAUCAAUAUAUCAAUGUUCAUCCAUAUCCUGAAACUUGGAUUAAAUGGACCAAGUUUGAAGAUGAAUUUGGAACUUCUGAUAAUGUACGUGAAGUUUAUACUGCAAGUAUUGAUGUAUUAUCAAGUGAAAAAUUAAUUGCUAGUUUUGCUAAAUGGGAAGGUUUCCAAAAAGAAUGGGAAAGAGCUAGAGCUAUUUAUAGAUUUGGUUUGACUAAAUUCCCUGAAUCUGCAUUACUUAAUGAUCAAUUAUCACAAUUUGAAAAACAAUAUGGUGAUAAAGAUGGUAUCGAAGAUACAAUCUUAUUGAAAAGAAAGAAAAGAUAUGAAUCCGAAUUAAAAGAAGAUCCAAGAGAUUUUGAUAGUUGGUGGGCUUAUUUAACAUUAUUAGAAGAUUAUCCUGUGUCUGUUCAAAGAGAAGCUUUUGAAAAAAGUAUUUCAUUAACCCCUAUAGAAAUUGAAAAAUAUGCUUGGAAAAGAUAUAUCUUAUUAUGGAUACGAUAUGCUGUUUUUGAAGAAUUAAAUGAUGAAUUUGAAAAAACAAGAGAUAUUUAUAAAAAAUUAACUAAAAUCAUACCCAAUAAAAAAUUUACAUUUAGUAAAGUAUGGAUCCAAUAUAGUGAUUUUGAAAUACGUCAAGGAAAUUUAACUCAAGCUCGUAAGAUCUUAGGUUUUGCAAUUGGUUCAUUUCCUAAACCUAAAACAUUCAAACAUUAUAUUCAAUUAGAAAUAAAAUUAAAAGAAUUUGAUAGAGUACGAAAAAUUUAUGAAAAAUUCAUUGAAACUUAUCCAAAUGAUUCAAAUGUUUGGAUCAAAUAUGCUGAAUUAGAAGCUGAUUUGAAUGACUUGGAUAGAUCUCGUGGUAUUCUAGAAAUCGCUACAGAACAAUUGAAUGGAACAGAUUCAAUUAAUGAUAUUUGGUUCAAAUAUGUUGAAAUUGAAAGUGAUCAAAGAGAAUAUGGGAAAGCUAGAUCGAUUUUCAAAAGAUUUUUGGAAAGUAAUAAAAAUUCAACAACUAUUUGGAUUAAAUAUGCUCUUUUUGAAUUAGGUAUCCCAACAAAAGAACAAAUUGAUCAAUUUGAAAAAGAACAAGCUAAUCAAGAUGAAGAACUUGAAUUUGAAUUUGAUAUUUCUGAAGAAUCUAAAACUCGUACACGUCAAGUAUUUGAAGAUUCUUUAACACAUUUCAAAUCUCAAGGUUUGAAAGAUGAAAGAGUUAUUAUAUUAGAAGCUUUUAAGAAAUUUGAACAAGUUCAUGGUGAUCCAACUACAAUUUCUAAAAUUGAAAAAAGACAACCAACAGUUGUUAAGAAAACUAAAACUUUGGAUGAUGGUUCAACUCAAGAAUAUUAUGAUUAUGUAUUCCCUGAUGAUAAAAAACUUUCAAAAUUUUUGGAAAAUGCCAAAAAAUGGGCAAAACAAAACAAAUAA